AUGUCCGAAGACACCCCCACCAAACCCGCCUUCAAGGCCCAUCUCCUCAAGCUCCUCCGCCUUUCCAAGAAACCUGUCGUCAUGCUUCCCUCUCUGGGGACCAUCGGCCUCGUCCUCGUCAUCACACUCACCGUACUCCUACCGCAAAAUGUCCACUCCAUCGAAAUCCCCGGCGCAGACAACAACCACAACUACCUCGUCGCCGUCUCCCACUUCCCCUUGACAGAUUCUACAAAAAAAGAUCCUUAUCGCCCGGAGCAAGACCGCAGGGUCAUGGUCAGCUUGUAUAUGCCUGUACCCAGGAAACAGUGCUCUGCAAUGGGCACGCAGGAGUACAUGCCGCCUCAAACCGCGAAGAUAGCAAACGAGCAGUUCAUUGAAGGCAACGAGCGGGAAGCAGGUGUUUUUGAAACCAUGACAUACUCGUCUUGCGUUGGUAGUAGUAGCGGCGGCGGCGGCGGCGGCGACGUCAGCAAAAUCCCCGUCGUAGUCCUAGAACCACACGUCGACACGAGCAGGUUGAUGUAUUCGACAAUGGCGCGCUACAUCGCGGCUAAUGGUGCUGCGGUCGUAGUCAUCGACCACCCCGGCGACGCGUCAAUCGUCCAAUUCACAUCCUCGCGAACCCGGGAUCUGGAAGUUGUGUAUAACAGCGGGACGUAUAAUCAAACCGUCGAAAUGGCAGUCUCAACACGCAUAUCAGACAUCGCAUUCGCCCUCAGCCAAAUAAACAGCACAUCCCUGUUGCAACGCCAAUUCCCUGCCCUCCACUUCACGGGUAGUCUAAACACAGAGUCCUACGGUAUCAUAGGCCACGGUCUCGGCGGCACAGUCGCAACCAGCCUCAGCCUCUUCCCCUCCCUCCUCUCCCCAACCAUGCUCAACGCUACAAACGCCCCCACCGCAACCGCAAGAUUUAGUAUCAAUCUCUCCGGCACACCCCCCCUCCUCAACUCCUCCACCACCAACACUACCAACACCCCGCUCUUCUUCUUCGGCCGCGCCGACUUCCGCCGCGAACACGACAUCAACUGGCCGACCACGUGGUCGCAUCUAACGGGUCCAGCGACUGAAUUCGAUCUCGACGACUCUGCCAUUUUCGAUGCGAGCGAUCUACCGCUGAUCAUGGAGUUGGCGAGGGAAGAGGCUGGGAAAACGGGGGCGGUGGGAAGGGGGUUGAGUGGGAAUAGGCCGGCGGAGGGGGCGAGGGCGGUGAUUUGCUUUUUGGAGAAUGUUGUUAAGGAGAUGGUGGGGUAA